AUGGAAGCAAUUGUAUCAAAAGUACUUAAAAAGUACUUCAAAAUGUUUAUAAAAAAUUUCAAAUCUGAUAAUUUUUCAAUGUCCUUAAUGAAAGGAGAAGGAACUUUGGUGGAUUUAGAUUUAAAUGAAGUAAUUAUACAAGAAUUAUUAUUAAUUCCACCACAAUUCCAAAUUGUAAAUGCAUCUUGUGAUAGUCUAUCAGCUAAAAUACCAUGGACUAGUUUUAAAAAAGAACCAAUUGUAAUUUCUCUUCAAACCAUUUCAUUAAAUUUAAGAGAACCUGAAGAAAUUCAACCAUUUCAUUCACAAUUAAAAAAAAUUAAAAAUAAAAAUAAAGAAAAGAAAAGAAAUGAAAUUACAGAGAAUUUACAAAUUGAAGUAAAGAAAUUGAAAUUAAAUAUAGCUAGUUUAAAUGGUGAUGGAUUAAUGAUUGAAAUUAAUGAUAUAUUGAUACAAUCGACCAAUUCAAAUUUUCAACCAGGUGAUUUAAGUCAAAUUAAAGCAGUGGAUAAAGAACAUGGUGUUGAAUCAUUACACAAGUUAAUUACAGCCAAAUCAAUCACAAUAAAGAUUCAAGAUAUUGGUGGUAUGUCAAAAACACUUCUUGAGAAUAUGCCAUUGAAAGUAUUGUAUUCUUCAAAACGUAGAAUAAAAGAUUGGAUUCAAAUAUCAGCAAAGAUUGAAGUACUCUUUAAACAAUUGGAUUUGAAAUGGACCUUAUCAGAAUAUCAUUCACUUAGUGAUUUAAUUAAUAAUUUCCAAGCAACUCUUGCAAGAGCUAUACCAGCUUCUUCACCAUCUUCACAACAACCAUUUGAAUCUUAUAGAAAGAAAUUAAAAUCUUCUUUAUCAUUUUCAAGUAAGAAAAAAGAUAAAUCAUCAUCAUCAACAUCAAUAACAGAUAGUAAUGGUCAACAAUUAAGUAAAUCAGAUUUAUCAUCUACAAGUAAUUUAACACCAUUAAAUGUUACACCAAUUUCACAAAGUACUGCAGGUGCUUUCUCUAAUACUACAACUUCACCAACAACUACAACUGUAUCAUCACCCUCAACAUCGACAAAUAAUAAUAAUAAUAAUAAUAAUAAUAAUAAUAGUAAUAGUAAUAAUAAUAAUGCAAAUGGUAUAACAGCAGCAACAAAUGGAUCAUUAACACCACCAAUUAAUGUUGGUAGUAAUGGUAUGAGUGGUGGUGGUAGUGGAGGUGAUAUUAAUGAUGAUUCACCACCACCACCAAAACAUUCAGAUUUUUCAUAUGAAUUUCAUAUUGAAAGAUAUCAAUUAGAAUUGAUGGAUAAUUUUGCACAACAAGAUUCAGGAUUUAGAUUUAAAGGUGAAGGAUUACAUUUUGGAUUCACAUCAGCCAAUACAAUAUUUAAACCAAUUAAUCGUGAAACCAAUACUACUUUUUAUCAAUUACCAAUUCGUGAAACUAUCCUAUCAGUUUUAUUUAAUACAUUGAAUAUUCAAGAGGUUGCAUCAUUCUCUUCAGGUUUAAUAAAGAAUGAACUGUGUAAUACAAAUAUUGAACAAACAAAGAAAUAUAAUAAAUCCAUUACAUCGAUAUCUUCAGAUUCAAUGCCAGCUAGAAUCAAUAUAAAUAGUUAUUCAGGUCAAUGUUUACUAAAAGGUAAUCUAAUGUUUAGAAGACCAAUUACAAAUCGUAGCAGCAGUAACUCAACUUCACCUCAAACCAAUGAAAUCGAUCCACUUUCAAAUUUACAAGGUCCACCUUUAAUUGGUUUAGAAUCAAACAUUAGUUUAAAUGAUUUAAAACUUUAUGGUGAUAGAAAAGUUUGGAAAACUUUAAUCUCUUAUUUAAUGCCACCUGAAUCUGAUAAUGAAUCUGAUUUAGAUUCUGAAUCUGGUUCAAUAAAUGAUUAUCAUAAUCGUACUUUAGAUUUAGAUGGUCAUUCUGAUUUAAAUGGUAAUAAUAUUGACAAUAGUGCUAUUCAAAAAUUAUCACCAACAAAAAAUAUUGUCACAAUUACUUCACCAAUUGACACUAUUCCAUUAACAACAAAUGAUAUCGAUAAUAAUACCAGUAAUAAUAAUAAUAAUAAUAAUAAUAAUAAUAAUAAUAAUAAUAAUAAUAAUAAUAAUAAUAGUAAUAAUAAUAAUAAUAAUAAUAAUAGUAAAAAACCAACCGAUGAAAAUAUUAAUAAUAAUAGUAUUGAUAAUAAUAAUAAUAUAAAUGAAAAUGAAAAAAUUGAAAAAGAUACAUCAGAUAAAAUUAAUAAUGAUGAAAAUAAAAAAUCAGUAAUUGAAAAAAGUAAAAAGAAAAUUAAUACAUUUAAGAGAAAAUUAAAAUUAUCAAAUAAUUGGAAGAGUCAAAUAAAGAUAAUUUUAAAGGCAACCAAUACUCAAUUGAUAUUACCAGAGGAGAGAGAAAAUGUUGAUGAAUCAUUUAGAGGUUUAAGACUACAAAUUAAUUUACAAUCAUUUGUAAUGUGUAAUCAUAGUGAUUGGAAGACAGUUCCUUUCUUAAUGGAUGGUAUUCAAUUAAUUAAUAUGACAACUAAUAAUAUCAAUAACACCACACCAAUAGCUCCACAAGAUAUAAUUUCACAAUUUGGUUUAGAUCAUAGGUUCUCAUUUCAAAUGGAGAAUGUUUCAUUGAGAGUCAUUGAUGUUGAUCAUGAUAAUACAAUCACUACCAUUUUAGAGCCUGCAACCAUUAGUUUAUUCACUCGUAUCUCAAGAUCUCAUGAUCAUCUAUUGGCAAACAAUAAAAGAAUACCAAAGAUUGAUUUAUCAUUGAUCUCUUCAGAUUUCAAUUUCAAAUUGACUUCACAACAUUCAGAGUUAUUGGAUUUCGUUGCAAAUAAAUAUUUAUCACCAAAGAAAUUAAAAAAUCUAUUGAAAUCCAGAAUCUCUAAAGAGGCAAAGAAAAGAUUAAAAUCAUUGGAACAAAAGAAAUUGGAUAAAACUUUAACCAUAAAGAAUAAGGUUGAGAAAACUUUACAACAAUAUUUUUGGACUUCUUAUAUCUCAAUUCAAAAUGGGGAUUUCCAUUUACCACUUCAACAUCUUUUAGAACCAAAAGAAAAACAUGAUAAUGAUGUUCAUGAAGAAAAUAAUCAACAACAACAGCAACAACAGCAAGAUGAUGAUUCCUUUACAAAUGAAACAAUUUCAUUAGAUUCACCAAUUUCAUCAGCAUCAAAUGAUCAACCACCACCUCCAACUCAAAUUAUUGGUGGUGUUAUUGAUACAAUUAUUGGUGGUUUAGCAAAAACAUCGAUUAUACCUGAUGAAAUUAUCAAUAAAAAUGUAAACAAUAGUGGUAGUGGUGGUAGUGGUGGUGGUGGUGAUAUUUUAAGUCAAAUUAAAGUUCAAUCAAUGGGUAUUAUUUUACAAAAUAAUGAUAUUGGUCAAACUAUUGUAUUUAAGAUUGGUACCUUUGAAGCCUACGGUAUUGAUCAUCCAAAAUUAUCAACCUCAACCAUACUUAGACCAUUACCAAUUCCAGAGGAUGAAUUAAUACCAGCCACAAAUCAAGAUAAUACAAAUUUAUUAAUCACCUACAAAAGAAGACAUCAAAAAGAUGUAGCUAAACAAUCAGUAUUAAUCGAUAAAGAAAUUGAUGAUUGGGUUACCGAUGUUUGGGUUAAACUUCAAGGUACUCAAGUUAGAGUGAUGAAAAAGAGAUAUCCACCAGGUUUUAAAAAACCACUCAAGUCAAAAACUUUUGGAAAGAAAAUUAAAAUGCCCGAUAUUAAAAAUUUCAUUACAAAAGUCGUUGGUUUGGUAGAGAGAAAGAGAGGAAAGAUCAAGAAUAUCCAAAAAAGUAUUAAAAAGGUAAAUAUGAACAUUAAAUGGGGUGUUGAACUUGGUAAUUGUGAAAUUUUAUUGGGUGAAAAAUCUUCAAAAACUUUAGAUCCUUCCUAUGGUGGUAUUUUAAAUGAUUUCACUAUUGAUCAUUCUUAUCAACCAAAAGGUAUUAUUAAAAUUACUGAUACCAAUAGAAGAGUAAACGCUCAGGCCUAUAAAAAUAUUGAAGAAGAAUUAAUAAAGAAAACAACCACUCUCACUCAAACUGUACUCGCUGAACAAGAGAGAGAUGACUAUAUCAAAGGCUUAUUGGAUCAAAUCGAAAAAUUAAAAUCUGAAAAGAAAAUAAUGGAAAAUGAUUACACCAUUUUAGAACAAAAAUUCAUUAAUACUAAAAUGGAAUUAGCAAGUUUACAAUAA